UCCUUGUUUAUUCUCUUUCAAAGGAUUCCCAAGAGUAAGGUUUGUAUAUCCACCUAUUCAUUAUAUUUUCAGUCACCUUAACUAGACCUUCCUUGCUUUUGUACUCACUCUUGUCAGAUUGUUUAGUACUUUUACCAUGUCCAACUCCAAACAGCAUUCCCUACUUGACUUGUGCACCAACCUUCGUCUUAGCGUACCCCAGAAGAGAUGGCGUCGUGUCUUUUUUGUCAUCUGUUCUUCCCACAUCUUGGUCUCUCUCACCAAACAUGCUAUAACCAGGAAGAGGGAUCAAGUACUUGCUGCCUUCUCUCGCUCACCGUCUUACACUAUCCUUGACAUCCAAUCCAAUAUUGAUGUUGUCAGUUCAAGCUGCUUCAAUGCUGAUAAUAAUGCCCUCAUCGAAAUAUUAAAGGAAAAAAACCUGGAACAUCUGAGACAGUUUGGAGGUGUCGAAGCAGUUGCUGCAGCCCUUGAAACUGAUGUGGAGAAUGGAAUCAGUGAUGAUGCUGAAGAUGUUGCAUCUCGUUCCAAUAUAUUUGGAUCAAACACAUACCUGAAAACACCUCCAAAGAGCCUCUUCCAUUUCUUGUUAGAUGCUUUCAGGGACACCAUAAUUCUCAUCCUCUUGGGCUGUGCCGUUCUGUCUCUUGUGUUUGGCAUCAGAGAAAAUGGAUGGAAAAAUGGAUGGUACGAUGGUGGUAGUAUAUUUGUUGCUGUCUUUAUAGUUAUUACUGUCUCAGCCUUCAGUAACUUCAGGCAAUCAAGACAAUUCGAGAAGCUGUCCUGCAUUACCAAUAACAUCCAAAUCAAUGUCAUCAGGAGUGGAAGGCGGAGGCAGAUUUCCAUCUUCGACAUUGUUGUAGGAGACAUUGUGUGUCUCAAAAUUGGGGAUCAGAUUCCAGCAGAUGGGCUCUUCCUAGAUGGCCAUUCUUUACAAGUUAAUGAGUCUAGCUUGACAGGGGAGAGUGACCAUGUUGAAGUUGAUGGCAGCAGAAACCCAUUCCUCAUCUCUGGUGCCAAGGUGGCUGAUGGGUAUGGACGCAUGCUGGCUACCUCCGUCGGCAUGAACACAUCAUGGGGUGAGAUGAUGAGCUCUAUAAACCGCGACUCUAACGAGCAGACACCAUUACAAGAGCGGCUUGACAAAUUAACCUUGUCCAUAGGGAAGGUUGGUUUGGCAGUUGCAUUCCUUGUUCUUGUAGUGUUGUUGGUUCGUUAUUUCACCAGGAAUACGGAAGAUGAAUAUGGAAAUCGAGAGUUCAAUGGCAGCAAGACGAAGAUCGAUGACAUGUUGAAUGCUGUGGUUCGUAUCAUUUCAGACGCAGUCACCAUCGUGGUGGUGGCGAUUCCAGAAGGAUUGCCUCUGGCUGUCACACUCACUCUUGCUUAUUCCAUGAAAAGAAUGAUGGCAGAUCAAGCAAUGGUCAGAAAGCUCAUGGCCUGUGAGACAAUGGGCUCCACCACCACCAUCUGUACUGAUAAAACGGGCACUCUCACCAUGAAUCAAAUGAAGGUGACCGAGUUUUGGCUUGGUCAAGAUGCCAUAAAAGAUUAUGCUUCCCCAGCAAUUUCUUCUGUUAUUCUUAACUUGCUCCACCAGGGAGCUGGUCUGAACUCCACUGGAGCCGUUUAUAAACCCCACUCAGGAGCAGUGCCUGAGUUCUCUGGUAGCCCAACUGAGAAAGCCAUUCUAUCUUGGGCUAUGCUAGAAUUGAAUAUGGACAUCGAGGUGCUGAAGAAGACUUGUACCGUUCUUCAGGUAGAAGCCUUCAAUUCAGAAAAGAAGCGCAGUGGUCUUAUGAUGAAGAAGAUUGGCGAGAAAAUGAUCCAUAUACAUUGGAAAGGAGCUGCUGAGAUGAUACUCGCAAUGUGUUCCAGCUACUAUGACAGAAAAGGAAGCUUGAAAUUCAUGGGUGAAAAUGAAAGGAAGAAGUUGGAACAGAUAAUUCAAAGUAUGGCAGAAAACAGUCUCCGAUGCAUUGCUUUCGCUCACAAAGAGAUCACUGAAGAAGAGUUGGAGUACAGAGAAGAUAGAAAGAUUCAUGAAAAGCUACGUGAAGAAGGUUUAACCUUGUUGGGGUUAGUGGGUCUGAAGGACCCAUGUCGACCAGGGGUAAGAAAUGCUGUGGUAGCUUGCAAAGAUGCGGGAGUGCACAUCAAAAUGAUCACUGGAGACAACAUUUUCACUGCAAGGGCAAUAGCCAUUGAAUGUGGGAUACUCGAUCCGAAUCAAGUCCCUGUUAAUGGAGAGGUCGUGGAAGGUUUGGAAUUUCGAAAUUACACACCGGAAGAAAGGAUGGAGAAUGUUGAUAGAAUCCGUGUGAUGGCAAGGUCGUCCCCAUUUGACAAGCUAUUGAUGGUACAAUGCUUGAAGCAGAAAGGCCAUGUGGUAGCAGUCACCGGUGAUGGCACAAAUGAUGCGCCAGCAUUGAAAGAGGCUGAUAUUGGACUUUCUAUGGGGAUUCAAGGAACUGAAGUGGCCAAGGAGAGUUCGGAUAUUGUCAUCUUGGAUGAUAAUUUUGCAUCCGUGGCCACGGUUUUAAUGUGGGGGAGAUGUGUCUAUAACAACAUCCAAAAAUUUAUUCAGUUCCAACUCACUGUGAAUGUUGCUGCUCUUGUGAUCAACUUAGUUGCAUCAAUAUCUGCUGGCAAAGUUCCACUAACAGCAGUUCAAUUGCUGUGGGUGAACCUGAUCAUGGACACCUUGGGUGCUUUGGCUCUUGCAACUGAGCGACCCACAAAGGAGCUAAUGGAGAAGCCACCAGUGGGUCGGACCGAACCACUUAUAACCAAUGUCAUGUGGAGGAAUCUCAUGGCUCAAGCUCUAUAUCAGGUAUCUAUCCUCUUGACCCUACAGUUCAGAGGUGAGUCUAUCUUCUCUGUGGAUACAAAGGUUAAUGACACCCUGAUCUUCAACACUUUUGUGCUAUGCCAAGUGUUCAAUGAAUUCAAUGCAAGGAAACUAGAGAAGAAGAACGUCUUCAAGGGAAUACACAAGAACAAGUUAUUUCUAGGGAUAGUAGGGAUAACAAUUAUUCUUCAAGUAGUGAUGGUUGAAUUUCUGAAGAGGUUUGCAAAUACAGAACAGUUAGAUUGGAGGAAAUGGUGUGUGUGCAUUGGCCUUGCAGCCAUAUCUUGGCCAAUUGGGUGGGUCGUAAAGUGUAUACCAGUUCCAGAGAAACCAUUUCUAAGUUUUCUCCAGUGAGAGGACAACAAUAACAAAUAUAGUUAAUGGUUAUUCUGGUGCAUCAUAUAAUUCUUUACUAUGUAAGGGUGCUUUUCUCCCAUUGUAUUCUUUGAACUUCAGGUAAAAUAUCAGUUUCAUAUGAGAAAAGACUAUAAUAAUUCUCGACUUGGAUAAACAAUGCAAUGCUAUUUGGCAACUGUAUUCUUCAAUUACUAUACUGUAUGAUGAUUCUCAAUGUGCAAUGCACGCACAACAUUCCCUCCAAUCAAACCUCUUCUUAUUACAUGAUUCCAAAAUGUGUUUGACACAGAUUUGAUGAAAGGUUUUCUUGGCCAGGUAAUGCUUGCAAUGUUAUCACUAGGCAUAAUUCAGUAUUAUGAUUUUGU